CAGCCCUGCCCGUGCCGCUCCUGCUCCGCUCGGCCGGCCCAGCCCUGGAGCCCAGGGCUUCCAGGAUCCUGGAUCUGGACCCUGCCGAUGAAACCUGAAGUCCAGCUCCCGGGUGUGGCUGUGCUGAGCGCUGGUGGCAGCGGGGGCAGUGCCAUCCUCCCCAUCCUCCCCAUCCUUCCCAGCAGGGUCCUGCCAUGGCCGAGCUGGCAGGACGCGGUGCCGGCUGUGUCCGGGCUGGCAGCCCUGUCCCACGGGAAGAGGAGCCCUGCAGCAGCUCCAGCUCCGUCUGCACCGAGGAUUUGGCUGCCAGCUUUUGGGAGGCGAUGGUGGAGCCGCUGCUGUGCCAGCAGGAGCCUGCUGGGGAUGUCCCCAGGGCAGGAGCUCACCCCGGGCAGGACGAGCCCUUGUUCCCCGCAGGGAGAAGCCCGGACACGGCCACGGAGCCCAGCAGAGCCCCCCGGCAGCACAGCUCCGCAUCCCGGAGCAGCCUCGAGUCCCUGGGAGCCAGGAUCUCCCGCCUGAGCCUAAGCCAGAGCCAUGGGCGGGUGUCCCGGCCGGGCCCCCCUGCCCAGGCAGCCCUGGCACACGGGGACGGUGCCCGUGGGGAGCUGCUGGGCACAGCUGGGCACCCCUGGAUCGCUGCUGGGAUGGCUGCUGGCAGGAGCAGGGCUGGGGCAGGGACAGGAGCUCCGGGCAGCAGCGCUCCCAGGGCCAGCAGGGCCACAGCCAGGGGACAUCUCUCCCUCUGGGGACAUGGAAGGAACGUCACCUUCGGUGUGGCUGCCAUGGACAGGGAAGGAGCCGCCAGCAGCAGGAGUGCUGGCACAGUCGUGGGAGCCCCCCGGCCAUGGAGGUCACCGUUGUCCCCAGGGCUGCGAGGGGACCAGAAAGGGGAACUGCCCUGCAAGGUACAGCCCUGGGGUUUGGGGUCUGGGGUCUACCACAGGCACAGCCCCAGCUGGGACAGGAUGACACCGAGCUUGGCCCUGGCCCUUGUGUCCCACGUGGUGGCCCCAGGAAUGCACCAGGAAAUGCAAUGGAAAGGGGGAAAAUGGGAUUGUAACCCCAGUGCUGGAUGCCAGGGGCUGGCAGGGCAGCCACUGUGGAGGAGCCAGGAGGGCACACGAGAGCUGGGAUCUGGUGCCAGGCCCUGGAGCCAAGGGGACAGAGCCAGGACUGGCCUGGCACUGCUGGGACACACCCGGGACACCUGUCACCGGUGCCACACGGACCUGCAGAGCACGGGGCAGGGAGCCCGUGUGAGCCAGGAGCAGCUGGACAAGGAGAGAAGGAAAAUAACAACUGCACGAGAAGAGAAACUGGAGCUGCUGGAGAGGCUGCGGGAGCUGGAGCGGGGCAGCCGCCACCUCCUGCGGCAGCGGCUGCGGGUCCUGCACCGCCUGCAGGGGCUGCUCCAGAGGGACCGGGCCCAGAGCCUGCGGCUGCUCCGGGAGGCCACGGAACAGGAGCCGCUCGGCAGCAGCGCCCAGUGGGAGCAUCGCCCGAGCCGGGCCGGGGGCUCCGCGGCGCUGGGGAACUCCCCGGUCGCCCUGGGGAACCCCCCGGUGGCCCUGAGGAACGCCCCGGUGGCUUUCCGGGGACACAGCCUCCGGCCUGGCACUGCCCUGGCACCGGGCCCCUCGCCGGCAGCCCUCAGCCGCGCUCUCCACGUCCUGCGGGGGCUCCGGCAGCAAAUCCAGCGGCGCCUCGGGCAGUGGCAGGGCCUGCAGGGAGCCCUGGGAGCCGCCGGGCAGAGGAACGAGGUGAUCCGGGGCUGGGAGGGAGGACAUGGGGUGGGAGGGGGAGCAGCAGCCACAGAGGGCUCCAGGAGCCCCGAGGGAGCCCCCGAUCCAGGUGAAUCAGGCCCCAGCUCCUUCCCCGAGGCUGGGCUGGGGUUCAGGGGCCAGGCCGCAGGGGUUGGGGUCUCAGAGAGCCUCGGGGACCCCCAGAUCCCUCCAGAGGCUCCGUGCCCAGCUCUGCCUGCUGAAAUGUCCAUCGGGUGA